GGACGAGGCUUUGAGGGAGGGGUGCUGGGGGGCGCUGAAGGGACGUUGGGGGUACCGGCCCGGCCCCAAGUCCCUGGGAGAGGGUGGCGGAGGUCUUUGCUGUCAGAUUAGGGACCCCAUACCCUGCACUUGGAGUUUCUGUUGGGCUGGAGCGGGGAGGAGCUGCCAGGCUGCGGAGGCGGAGAUGGCGGAGGACUGUGGAAAGCGCGGCGAGGGUGUCUGGUACUGCUAGCCCAGCAAGCCUGAUGAGCAUGAAGCUCCUAUCUCUGGUGGCUGUUGCCGGUUGCUUGCUGGUGCCCCCAGCUCAAGCCUACAAGAGUUCCGAAGAUAUCCGGUGCAAAUGCAUCUGUCCACCUUACAGAAACAUCAGUGGGCACAUUUACAACCAGAAUGUGUCCCAGAAGGACUGCAACUGCCUGCACGUGGUGGAGCCCAUGCCGGUGCCUGGCCAUGAUGUGGAGGCCUACUGCCUGCUGUGUGAGUGCAAGUAUGAGGAACGCAGCACCACCACCAUCAAGGUCAUCAUCGUUAUCUACUUAUCCGUGGUGGGGGCCCUCCUGCUCUACAUGGCCUUCCUGAUGCUGGUGGACCCUCUGAUUCGCAAGCCAGAUGCUUAUACUGAACAGCUGCAUAAUGAGGAAGAGAAUGAGGAUGCACGCUCCAUGGCAGCCGCUGCCGCAUCUCUUGGGGGACCCCGAGCCAACACCGUCCUGGAGCGAGUGGAAGGCGCUCAGCAGCGGUGGAAGCUGCAGGUGCAGGAGCAGCGCAAGACAGUGUUCGACCGGCACAAGAUGCUCAGCUAGACGGGCAGGCGCGAGCAGACCGGGCCAUGGCUGCCACCUCCAGGGCGGGACCGACCCCGGGGCCGCAUCUCCUCCACACUCCAUGCCUGUCUUCCCUUGAAAAGCCCGGGGCAUCGUCCCUUCUCCCUCUCUGUAGAAACGUUGUACUUGGCUGUUUUAAUUAGGGAGUAUGACGGGGUCUCAUCUCCCUUGUCUCCUUAGGGCUGUGGGGUAGAGGAGAGGGGAGGGCAGGCCAGAGAGGACUGGAGCCAUCAGCGGUGGCCUCAGUUUGGAUGGAAUUGGUCUCUCCUUGCCCUACCUUUGCCAUCCCUUUCGGCUCCGCCUCAUGGGGAUUUUAUUACCUUUUGGGAGAUGGAGCUGGGUCAUCAGAAUCUCAGUAUGGGGCGGGCAUGACCUGGCAUUCAGCACGGGCUUCUGUGUGGUUCUGAUCCUCCUCCUGGUCCCAAUACCUCAGCCCUCCAGAACGGUGCCCUUAGGAGAACUGGUGCUGCUGAGCCCAUGGUGGUUCUCAGGGUGCCUGGGAGCUUGGUUCUUCUCCCUGGGCUCCUGCAUGGCGGUGCCAGGGCAUUGCUGCGCUGCCUGUCCUGUCAUUCCACCUUGGGGAGCUGGCCGGGUCCUCUCCUCUCCCAGAGUCUGCAGUUGCUGAGCCAGGAAGUUGGGUGGCCCAUGUGACACAGGCUGAGCAGUGGACUGGAGCACCUCGGCUCCUGUCCCUGGAGCGCCAGUGUCCCUGAGUGUCACUGUACCCGUGCAUGGAGAUAAAUGUCCUUCUGUUGUCUGUAAUCAGAGAAGCCAUCAUUAAAUUGUCCCUUUUUUUUCCUCACUUU